ACCUUGAAUACAGCGCUCAAGCUGUCCAAAAAAAACUGAGGCCUUGGAAAAAGUAGGCUGGCUAGCUUUUGUCAGUUGACAGGCAGUGAUAGUUUUUAACCUUUUGGACCAAACAAAAUCAAAAUUUCCAGUGGAAUUACAAAUUAAAAUUUAAAAUAUCGAAAAUCUGAAAAUUGUUAAACAUGACCAAUCAACAUGAGGGUGGACUACUUUCUGGCAUACAAGCCGUACGUCUGUUUUGGUCCGUCCAUGACCAAAGACGCCGAUCCAGUCAACUGACGCAACUGGCGCGCAGCCAAAACCCGUCCUCGGAGGGCAGUAACUGUUCGGAAAGCGCCGAUAGCGAUGACAUCGAGGAGUUCAACGAGCGUAGAUUCUGUCGGAUCUGCCGUCUGAGCGACGAAGAGCUCAUCGAGAACGUGUGCGACUGCAAGGGAACGAUGGCCCAAAUCCACGAACGCUGCCUCCGGAUGUGGACCAUCUACAAGCGCAGCCAGACGUGCGAGAUUUGCCAUUCCAAGUUCCGGUGGACGUUCGAGCGAAAGCUGUUGGUUAAGCUGAGCAAUUGGGCGAUCGUUGCGAACUUCUUCCGGAGGAAGUACUUUUGGGUGCUGUUGAGAGAUUUCCUGAAUCUUUUGGUCCUGUUCGGAAUAUCAGCGCUGCAGAAUGCAAGGCUUGUCACCAUGAUUCAAGAAGAUCAGCCAAGUUUGGUUCUUCCGCUGGCGUUGAUAGGUGCAUCGGUUUACGACUUGUACUUCAGCCGAUGGGUCAUGAGUAGAACGCUUCGGGCUUAUAACAUGGUUCGAGAAUAUUGGAUCCUGGCCCAUGAUGAUGAAUUCUUGGGAUAUUUCAACGAGGAGUAUGCCGUUUUCGGGGAAACUCAUAGCGAAAUUGAAAACAUGCUUCUGGCAGAAUACGAUGCUCCGGAUUGAGUCAUUGACUAUUGGAAAUGCCCUCAAAUUUAAAAUGUGAGUUAACCAGUUAUUCUCAUUACAAAUAAAUGAGCAAGUCGUCAUUGGACAACAUAGAGCGGAA